AUGACUUCUAUAUAUAAAUCUACCACUCCCACAAUUUCAACUUUUAAUAACCGUGAUACAUAUGCCCCAGAACUAAUCGAUGAUGUCAAAAGUGUAUUAAUUAUUGGAUCUGGAGGGCUUUCGAUCGGUCAAGCAGGUGAAUUCGACUAUUCCGGCUCACAAGCUAUUAAAGCUUUAAAGGAAGCUAAUAAAACUACCAUACUAAUCAAUCCAAAUAUCGCUACUAAUCAAACCUCCCAUUCUUUAGCUGAUAAAAUAUAUUAUUUACCCGUUACACCAGAAUAUAUAACAUAUAUAAUUGAACGUGAAAGACCUGACGGAAUCCUAUUGACCUUUGGUGGUCAAACUGGGUUAAACUGUGGUGUCAAAUUAGAUCAAGACGGUAUUUUAAAGAAGUAUAAUGUUAAAGUCCUAGGUACACCAAUUAAAACCUUAGUUACAUCAGAAGAUAGAGACCUUUUUGCACAAGCUUUAAAAGAAAUCAACAUCCCAAUUGCUGAAUCCAUUGCUUGUGAGACUGUUGAUGAAGCAUUACAAGCUGCAGAAUCCGUUAAAUAUCCUGUCAUUGUCAGAUCUGCUUAUGCCCUAGGUGGGUUAGGUUCUGGUUUUGCAAAUAAUGCAGAUGAAAUGAAACAACUUGCGUCACAAUCAUUAUCGUUAGCCCCACAAAUCUUAGUGGAAAAAUCUCUUAAAGGUUGGAAGGAAGUUGAGUACGAAGUCGUUAGGGAUAGAGUAGGAAACUGUAUUACUGUCUGCAACAUGGAAAAUUUUGAUCCAUUAGGUGUUCAUACCGGUGAUUCUAUUGUUUUUGCUCCUUCACAGACUUUAUCCGAUGAAGAAUAUCAUAUGUUAAGAUCUGCUGCAAUCAAGAUUAUCAGACAUCUGGGUGUUAUCGGUGAAUGUAACGUCCAAUACGCUUUACAACCUGAUGGUUUAGAUUAUAGGGUUAUCGAGGUUAACGCUCGUUUGUCUCGUUCUUCUGCAUUAGCCUCAAAGGCUACAGGUUAUCCGUUAGCCUAUACUGCUGCUAAGAUUGCCUUGGGUUACACCCUACCAGAACUACCAAAUCCAAUUACUAAGACAACUGUGGCCAAUUUUGAGCCAUCUCUAGAUUAUAUUGUUGCAAAGGUUCCAAAAUGGGAUUUAUCCAAGUUCCAGUACGUUGAUAGAUCCAUUGGUUCCUCCAUGAAAUCUGUUGGGGAAGUUAUGGCAAUUGGUAGAAAUUAUGAAGAAGCAUUCCAAAAAGCUUUAAGACAAACUGAUCCAACUGUUUUAGGUUUCCAAGGUUCGAAUGAAUUUGGGGCUAACUUAGACAAAGCCUUAGCUGAACCAACCGAUAGAAGAGUAUUUGCCAUCGGUCAAGCACUUCUGCAUGAAGGCUACUCUGUGGAAAGAGUACAUGAAUUAAGUAAAAUAGAUAAAUGGUUCCUUUUCAAGUGUAUGAAUAUCGUAAAUAUGUACAAGGAAUUACAGGCAGUCAACGAUUUACAACAAUUAGAUAAAAGUUUAUUGAUUAGAGCCAAAAAAUUAGGUUUCUCAGAUAAACAAAUUGCAUAUUGUAUUGAUUCAAAUUAUAAAUACAGUGAAUUUGAUGUGAGAGCAUUGAGAAAAUCAAUGAAUAUUGUUCCAUUUGUUAAAAGAAUUGACACUUUAGCAGCUGAAUUCCCUGCUUCUACCAAUUAUUUAUACACCACAUACAAUGCUGUUAAGAGCGAUGUUGACUUUAAUGACCAUGGUAUGUUAGUUCUUGGUUCUGGUGUUUACCGUAUCGGUUCCUCAGUCGAAUUUGACUGGUGUGCCGUCAACACAGCAAAAGCUUUAAGAAAUGCAGGUAAGAAAACAAUUAUGAUUAAUUACAAUCCAGAAACUGUCUCCACCGAUUUCGACGAAGUUGAUAGACUAUAUUUUGAAGAAUUAUCCUACGAAAGAGUUAUGGAUAUAUAUGAAUUGGAAAAUAGUGAAGGUUGUAUCAUUUCAGUUGGUGGUCAAUUGCCACAAAACAUUGCUUUACCUCUAUUGAAUAACGGUUGUAAGAUUUUAGGUACUAGUCCAGUUGACAUUGAUAGAGCAGAAAAUAGACACAAAUUCUCCACAAUUCUAGAUUCCAUUAAUAUCAGUCAACCAGAAUGGAAAGAAUUAACCUCUGUUGAAGAGGCAAAAGAGUUUGCAAACCGUGUUAAAUACCCAGUAUUAAUCAGACCAUCAUAUGUCCUAUCUGGUGCUGCCAUGAGUGUUGUUACAGAUGAAUCUGAAUUAGAAGCUAAACUGACUUUAGCCUCCGAUGUCUCUCAGGAACAUCCAGUUGUUAUGUCUAAAUUUAUUCAAGGUGCACAAGAAAUUGAUGUUGACGCAGUUGCUUACCAAGGUAAGGUAUUAGUUCAUGCCAUUUCAGAACAUAUUGAGAAUGCUGGUGUCCAUUCUGGUGAUGCCUCUUUAGUUUUACCACCACAACAUCUAUCUGAUAAAGUUAAAUUAGAAUUGAAGAGUAUUGCUGACAGGGUUGCUAAAGCAUGGAACAUUACUGGUCCAUUCAACAUGCAAAUUAUUAAAGAUGGUGACAAACCAUUGAAGGUUAUUGAAUGUAACAUUAGAGCUUCAAGAUCAUUCCCAUUUGUAUCUAAAGUUCUUGGUGUAAACUUUAUUGAUGUUGCCGUUAGAGCUUUUCUUGGUGGUGAAUAUGUUCUAGAACCUGUUGAUUUGAUGAUGGAUAAGAAAUAUGACUAUGUAGCCACAAAGGUUCCUCAAUUUUCAUUUACAAGAUUAGCUGGUGCCGAUCCAUUCCUUGGUGUAGAGAUGGCGUCUACUGGUGAAGUUGCCUCCUUUGGUAGAGAUGAAAUCGAGAGUUACUGGACUGCUAUUCAGAGCACAAUGAAUUUUCAAGUUCCACUUCCACCUUGCGGCAUCUUGUUUGGUGGUGACUUAACUAAAGAAGCUUUAGGCACUAUUGCCAAAUUGAUUGCCCCAUUAGACUAUAAAUUAUAUGUUACCACGGAAGAGGCCAAGCAAUACUUAAAGAAAUAUAUCGGGUCGAAUUAUGAGAUUAAGAUAAUCGAAUUCCCAAAGAACGAUAAGAGAAAAUUGCGUACAUUAUUCCAAGAGUAUGAUAUUAAGACGGUAUUCAACUUAGCAUCAAAAAGAGCAGAAAGCACAGAUGAUUUAGAUUAUCAAAUGAGAAGAAACGCAAUUGAUUUCGCCAUUCCAUUAUUCAAUGAGCCAAAGACUGCUAUCUUGUUUGCUAAGGCUGUGAAUACACAUAUUAAAGACAAAUUAGCAGCUUUGAAUUCUGACAAAAUUAUAAUUCCAAACGAAGUUCAUACCUGGGAGGAAUAUGUUGGUCAUAGAACCAACUAA